CUUGCGAUUGCCGCUUGCUCCAGCUGAGCUAAGAGUAGCAGCAGCACCAGGGCAGGGACUGACUCCAGCCCUUGGACUUAGGACAUCGCAACACGUUCCCUUGCCUGCGUGACUCAUUCGCACAUCAGUUCUGUUUAUGCCUGGGGUGGGGAGAAAUAUCCCAAACCAGCUGUGUAAAUGAGUAUGGAAGAUUAUGAUUUCCUGUUUAAAAUUGUUUUAAUUGGCAAUGCUGGUGUGGGAAAGACUUGCCUAGUCCGACGAUUCACUCAGGGUCUUUUCCCCCCAGGACAAGGAGCCACGAUUGGAGUUGAUUUUAUGAUUAAGACGGUGGAGAUUAAUGGUGAAAAAGUCAAGCUUCAGAUCUGGGACACAGCAGGUCAAGAAAGAUUUCGGUCCAUUACCCAGAGUUAUUACCGAAGCGCCAAUGCCUUGAUCCUCACCUAUGACAUAACCUGUGAGGAAUCCUUCCGUUGCCUUCCUGAGUGGCUGCGGGAGAUAGAACAAUAUGCCAGCAACAAGGUCAUCACUGUGCUAGUGGGAAACAAGAUUGAUCUGGCUGAAAGGAGAGAGGUCUCCCAGCAGAGAGCUGAAGAAUUCUCAGAAGCUCAGGACAUGUAUUACCUGGAGACCUCAGCCAAGGAAUCAGAUAACGUGGAGAAACUAUUCCUUGACUUAGCGUGCCGCCUCAUCAGUGAAGCCAGGCAGAACACACUUGUGAACAAUGUAUCCUCGCCCUUACCCGGAGAAGGGAAAAGCAUCAGCUAUUUGACUUGUUGUAAUUUCAACUAAAGGCUGAGGCGAGGAGAAGUGAAAGGAAUCAGCAGCUGCCCCAGUGGGCCCCCACAUUGCUGGGGGAGAUCUGGUGAUGACUAUGGCUCCCGCUCUCAGACCUUCUGACUCCUGUGGGAUCCAGGCUUACAAAGCAUGGCAGCCCAGAGGCUUUGUCCGCAGGCCAGCAUUUAGCAGAACAUAUAAUGGUUUCACCCUUUUGCAGUCAGGAGUUGGAGCAAGGAGAACAUUGCACUAGGCGCUCCAUGAUCUGCAAAGCAUGUUGCUUUUGUUCUUUUUUUUUUUUUUUUUUUUUUUUAAGCAGGUAAAAGCGCAUUCCUGAACAGUCCAGGGGAAAAUGUACCGUAGGGAGAUCCCUCCUGCACGUCAGUGGGUGCAUGUGGGGGCUGUGCUUUAGGGCUUCUGGGGGCCCUGGCUUUCUUGUCUACCAGAUAAACCCAAACUGGGGAGGCCAAGUACUGCCUCUGGGGUGUGUGUCGAUGACUCUAUGGAGACGUUGAAAAGUGUUAUUUCUCUUGUCCACAGGCACUUUCAAGAACUUUGCGAUGUAAAAAUGAAAUGAAACCUUUUCCCAUGACCAACAGUAACCAUCACUGGUUUAGUAAUAUAUAUAAGCUCCAUGACUCCUUUUGGUGCUAAUGAGUCCACUCUUUCACAGACCAAACAUUUUAGUACAUUGAUGUCCUUAAAUGUAUUACAUUGAA